GGGAGGCACUUUCUCGGCACUCGUGACGGGUGGCUGCACAAAUCUCCGAUGACGAGUCUCAUGCCCUUACCCGAUGCCAUGAUCCAAUUCUUAUGGAAGAGGGGGUGGAGAAUGGAGACCUGUGCUCGAUGGUCUGAUCUCCUCCUUUCAGUAAAAGAGGCUUUCACGUUUCAUCCUAGUAUUGAAGGAAGGCUUGGUGGUAUGGUGCGGCGAGUGCGGCUGACGAUGCCCCGAAUAUGCUGAGCAAGGAAACACGAAAUGAUAUCGAUCGACGGAGAUUUAGAUCCGCUGAGAUCUGGGGAGUGUGUUAAUGAACAUGAAACAGUGACACGUACGAAACCCUCAACAUCGCACUCGAAUAGACUCGAAGGUGCCGAAACAAGCUGUUUCCAUGCUGGAUUGUACAUAGCAGAGGCUGCAUCGCGGCAGUGUCAAGUUUCGGAGCGCAGGUUGAGGGUGAGACAACGAGGUCUCCUUCUUUGUGCAGGCUGCUACACGGGUAGCCACAGCUAUCGUGCAACUUUGGCUGCAGGAAAAGAGGGCUCGCAUGGAUUGGGAAUAGGGGAAGAGGUUGAGAGGGGAAUGAGUCGUGACACUGCUUUUGUGUGUCUUGUUUGGGAAGUGGUGAGUGUGGAGGCAGUGCGGUCCCGGAUACAGAGUUGUGAUCUGGAAGGUGGCCUAUUCGUAUCACCUGUGAGAGCUCUAAGGUAGUGCAAGUCAACGUGAUGGUGUAGUGGCUGCACGGAAUGAGAAGGUGCCGGUGGC